AGAACCUAAAAAGCAGUUGUUGAACUUUGCCGCUCGACAUUAUCAGCUUUCAGUAAGCUACAGCCUGUAAUUUUUUCGUUGUGUUGUUAAAAGUUUCUCUUACAAGUAUACUCAUCCGUUGUGUUGUACACGAGCGCCAAAACUACAGCUUGCUGACCGCCCUGUGAGAGAAAACUUACGGAUGCUAACAGCUUGCUGCCGUCCAGAUGAACUCAUAUCAUGUUUUGGAGCUGGUGGGAGAAGGCUCGUUUGGGCGCGUUCACAAGGGAAGGAAAAGAUUUACUGGCCAAGUUGUGGCUCUAAAGUUCAUGCCAAAGCUAGGUCGCUCUGAAAAGGAGCUGCGAAGCCUCAAGAGGGAAAUACACAUCAUGAGGGAUCUUCAACACCCGAAUAUUGUCCAGCUCUUUGACAGCUUUGAGACUGAAACUGAGGUUGUGGUUGUAACUGAGUAUGCAGAGGGCCAGUUGUUCCAGAUUCUAGAGGAUGAUGGGAGCUUACCAGAGAACCAAGUCCGUGAGAUUGCCUGCCAGCUGGUCUCAGCUCUAUAUUAUUUACACUCCCACCGCAUCCUUCAUCGUGACAUGAAACCACAAAAUAUCCUACUGGGAAAAAGUGGUGUGGUGAAGCUGUGUGACUUUGGGUUUGCCAGAGCCAUGAGCGUCUCCACCUUGGUGCUGACUUCUAUUAAGGGAACACCACUGUACAUGUCUCCUGAGCUGGUGGAGGAGAAACCAUAUGAUCACACUGCUGAUCUUUGGUCUCUGGGCUGCAUCCUCUAUGAGCUCCACACGGGGGCGCCGCCGUUCUACACUAACUCCAUCUUCCACCUGGUGCAGCUCAUUGUGAGGGACCCAGUCAAAUGGCCCGAGACUAUGAGCGACACCUGCAUGAGUUUCCUGAAAGGUUUGUUGACCAAAGACCCUCAGAAACGGUUGUCGUGGCCAGACCUCCUUCACCAUCCGUUUGUUGCCGAUGGCGUUCUAGUGCUGUCAGACACAAGCCUUUUCAGUCCACUGACAGUCACGCCCAGCCCAGACGUGCUGGCGCAGAAACUUAAGCAAGUGGCAGAAAAGUCUGUACCAACUUCUAGCGGGAGCAGAUUGCUGCGAAGGGCGAGGGAACAGAGGGAGAACGGUAACAAAAGGGAACCUUCAGGCACUGACAGUACCAAAAAGAAGGAUGGAGUGGGGAAUGAAAAGGUCACCUCUACGAUGGCGGCAGCAGCAUCCCCUAGAGUGAAAACCCCCAGCAGCAUCCCUAAGCCCCCCUCCAGUGAUGGCUUUGUUAUGUCAGGUCCAAUGAUCGCCAGGCAGAGCAUCAAAAAGACUCAAGCCAGCACAACACCGAAACCCAGGACUCAGAUCAGCAGAGACUACGAACAGGAAUUCCCCUCUGUAGAGGUGCGGAGAUGCAAUAAGGAUUAUGACAGCGAGGAGUUUUGGGAGAAUCUGGUCCAACAGUCAGAUCCAAGCAGACAGCAGAAAGAGCUGUUAAACUAUGGUGUCAUCAUACCUCAACUUAAAUCCAAGAUCCUGGCAUUUAAAGCUCAGCUAACAGAUGGCACUGUCAAAGGAAUGCAGCAGAUUCACCAACCACUGAAGGUCCUGCAUAAUCUCAUCCUGAUGUCUGACCUCGAGAAGUCGUACAACAUCGGCAGUGAACUUGGACUACCCCAUGUCCUCUUUGACCUGAUCCGCGACACUGUAGAAAACUCAGAUUUAAUGAAGCAACAGUGGAGCGUGCCUGCCCUUGGAGAAAUGAUUGCAGUGCUCAUAGUCUACUGGGAGAAGCACUGCGACUGGGUGGAAGAAGAACACAGACUGGAAGAGUUCACUAAGCCUUUCAACACAAUCCUUAGUCAACCAAAUCUCAGUUCUUGGGCACCUUUGGCUGCCUCGAUUUUGUCUCUCUUCACACAACAUGAUGUUGAUGUUGGAGUUGAUAUGGAGAGUCUUACCUCCUUACUGAAAAAUCUGGUUUUGGACUCAUACGAGCCCCAGAUUAAACUCCCCUCUGGUUGGGGACUGUGUGAUGGCCUCUUCACUUUACUCCUCUUCACACUUUCAGAACAUGAAAAUAGCACUGUAACUUCCAAUGAAAAUCCAGUGAUGUUUCUGGAUCUGUGGAGGAAGAUUGGUGCUUCACUAGCAAAUGAAACACCAGACUUGGACUUCUGUUCAGGGAAUGGGCUGCAUUCCUUUUUGUCUGCGGUGCUGUUUAUCUUUACCAAGGAUCCGUACUCAUGCAUUCCUCUGUUUUCUGAGAACGGAUCAAAAUGUGUAUACACUCUUGGCCUGCUGCUGGGCACUGACUGUCCUCAUUUGUUUGCCAAAGGCAAUCCUGGGAGACCUGAGGUGGAUCUGAGUCGCGACAGCUUAUCUGCAUUGAGCUGCCACUUAUUAUGUUUUCCGUUUGCUCUGGACCUGCCUUCACACAGCAUGUCCACAAUUCUCCAGCUGUAUGACAGCUGUGGUAUUGCUCCAAACCUCCUGCAGGUAAUUCAAACUCUUCCCCCUCCACUGCUAGAGCUGCCUCUCUCCCUGCUGAGCCGCUUGCUCCUGUGUGAUCCCCAGCGCUCUGUUGCCCACCUCAGAAAAGCUGCUUCUGGCUUUUUCUCAGCACCACAGGACAGCCAGCUCACAGCCGCCGGGCAUCAGGCUCCUCUAGCCAGAACUGCCAGAUCUCUGCUCUGUGAGUUACUGCAGCUGGAGGAGCUGUGGGACUCUGCCGUGGAGCUCCUGACUCUGCUGUCCCAAGUCGCCCGUUGUUCCCCUUCGCCUGCCUCCCUUCAGCUUAAUGUGGAAGCCUCAGUGCUGCAACAGGCUCUGACUCACUCUUACGACCAGAUCAGGGCAGCCACAUGCAGACUUUUGGGAAAUCUGCACCCAUUCAGGCCUCCUGUGCCAGACAUGCUGCCGCUUAACAUUUUCAAAGGCAUGAUAGGCUGUCUGCGAGAUUCCUUCAUGCCUGUCCGAAGAAUGGCUUGCAGGGCAGUCGGAAACUGGUUGGGCUAUAUAGCAGCAGAGUUUGAAGAGGGCAGUGGCAGUCCAGGUUGGGGAAAAGAGAAGGCGCCAGAUAAACUCAGGUGUUUAGAUCUGGAGGAAGCAUGUGAUUUGGAGGCAAUAGCAGAGCAGACAGUUGAUGAUGAGGAGGUGAGAAGGUGGACCGAGGAAGCCAGGAGGACGGCGACCUUGCUGGCCGCUCUGAUCACUGACCCCGACGCCAUCACACGCCGUCACUGCUGCGCAGCCCUGGGAAACCUGGUAAAAGUCGACGCCGCCGUACCCCUGUUGUUGGAGGAAGAUGUGCCCAGCUUACUUCUGAGAGCCGCAUGCUCCGACUCCCAUAAUGCAGUGAGACAAGCUGCCAUAGCAACUCUGAGCCUGUACACCCAGCAGGACGCAAUACGACAGAAACUCCUCCAGGCUUCACAUCAGGCUCCUCCACAGUGUGACCUCCAUCAGCUCAUUGGACAGCUGCAAAUCCUGACUUCAGACAUCUGCUUCCCAACAAGUUCAAUGGAGGGACUGAAACCUUGAAUGAGUCAAGUCUGAAAACUUCUCUCCCCUCCUUGACAAUCUUUGAUCUUCCCCUACACCCAGCCUCUCUUUAGAGUCUCGUCUCUCAUCCUCUCCCCCAAGUCUCCACUCCCCUCCCCUCUCCCCGCCGCUCGUCUCCUCCUGCUGUUCCACUGACCUGGGAGAAGUGUUUCUCUCUCAUCUUCACCUCCUCCUCCACCAGCCUCUGCCUGUGGGCCGUCUCGUCCUGAAGCCUCCUCUCGGCCUCCUCUCGCCUCCUCCGCUCCUCCUCCAACAUCUGCCGCCGAGCCUGCACCUCCCUCUCCUGGGAGCGUCGGGACAGGAGAAAGAGGAACAGAUGGAGGAGGAGAGAAGAAAAAAUAAUGGGGAAAAAGGGAGACGGGGAGAAUAUGUUAAUGGUAGGCAAAUAUUGCAAUACAAAGCAAAUGACUGUCAGAAGACGCACAUGAGAAUUCAAGUCCCAAUCCAGGGUUUUGUAAAAUAUAUCCCUUAAGUCUGUGUGUGGAAGAGGGGAGCUUUGCUGAUGUAAAAUGAUCCUUUGCAGCUUUCAGAUACUUACAUACUCCUGUGUUUUGUUUCAACACGAAGAAAUAAUACAAAGGUAAACAAAAUAAUUACAACUUCAUUUCACCACAUCUUGAGCUCACUGAUCACUUUGAUCGCUUACACAGUUUUUAUCCAUUGAACAGGAGAAACACAGGGUUUGAAAUAACUCAAAGUUAGAGAUUUGAAGACUCUCAGUGGAAGUGGAACAUUUGGGGAUUAUUCCAUCAUAUCCUGACUGACAUACAUGAUUUCACAUAAAAUGGAAAUGAAGAGUAACUAAAUUUGUUAUUAGCUAGUUUUUAUUAUAUGUGAAAAAGUUUUUGUGAUGGAAUGUGCAACAGUGGAAUUAUUUUGCAUUAAACAUCACUUUGAAUUUGA